AAACGGUGCAGGAGGGUCAACGGGAGGACGGAUGGUGCCUCGGUUGAGGGAAAGAGGUGUCCACACAGCAGCCCCCCCCCUCGAGCCCACUGACGUACAAGGAGACUGAAGUGGGUGUAAUAUCUUCCACAGGGAACAGCUGGGAGUGCUGAAGGUAGACUUCUGCACCAGAUAAACCAGCAGCUAAAAGCCCCUGAUCUCUCUGCGAUCGCUCAGUUUAUUGUCUGGUGAAACCCCAGGAGAGACAGUGGACGAGGAGACCUCACUCAUGGAUGUGUUCGGCGGGGCGCCGAGGUUCUUGGCGUACCCCAGGACCUUCACCGUGCCCAGCGGGGCAGACGCGGUCCUCAAGUGCCAGAUAGCGGGAGACCCUCGGCCAACAGUGAUCUGGGAGCGGGACCAGACGCGGAUUUCUCCGUCGGACCGCUACCACUUUGUGGAGGAGGGCGAUGAGUACAACCUGGUGGUCCGCCGGGCCCUUCUGGAGGACAGCGGCCAGUACAUCUGCAAGGCAAAGAACCCGGUGGGCGAGACCUACGCCGCUGCCACGCUCCGGGUGGAGGAAGGGGAGUGGGACUCGGAGAACCGGCCGGUGUUUCUAGUCAGGCCAAGCUCGGCCCGGGUGGGCCGGGGGGAUGACGUGGUCUUCAUGGGGCAGCUGGCCGGGAAGCCCGCUCCUUCUGUGUGUUGGGAGAAAGAUGGGAAGAAGCUGAGCGAGAUCUUUGAGAGCGCCCAUUUCAGCGCAGGCGGCCAGGGCGAGGGGUGGCACCACCUCAAGCUCUUCGGUGCCCGCCCGCCCGACGCAGGGGUCUACCUCUGCAGGGCCUCCAACACAUACGGGGAGGCAAUGGCUGCUGCAGUGCUCCUGGUGGACCCUGCCACGGAAGUUCUUACCCCCACCCUCAGCUCGUCCUCCCGCCAGCCAAGCACUCCCGGUCUCCAGAACGGGGAGGGGCAGGAGGGGCAUCGGACCCACCGUGAGCGGAGGCAUCGGGGCCGGCAUCAGGAGAGGAGGGCUGAGCCCGGCCUGGGGAGGGGCCCUGCCGGAGCGGGGGACCAACCACACCCCGCCAAGGUCAGGGCCUUUGCUGUGUCCCAGGGCAAACAUGCUAAGUUCCGCUGUCUGGUGACGGGCAAGCCCAAGCCCGAGAUUGUGUGGAGGAAGGACGGAAGGCUCGUCACUCCCGACCGGCGGCACCUGCUCUACGAGGACCGCGAGGGCUACUUCAACCUCAAGGUGCUCUACUGCAAGCAAUGGGACCGCGGACUCUACACCUGUGCAGCCUCCAAUGCGGCGGGUCAGACUCUCAGUUCAGUCCUACUCCAUAUCAAAGAACCCCGGAUCAAGUUUCGAAGCCAGCUGCAAGACGUUGAGGUGAAGGAGAGGGAGCAGGCGGUCCUGGAAUGUGAGGUCCCCGCUGAGUCCGUCCCUGCCACUUGGUAUCUCGAAGACCGGAAGCUGCAGCCCAGCGCCAAGUACGUCAUUGAGCAGUGGGGCACACUGCGCCGUCUCACCAUCAGGGACAUCACCAUGGACGACGACGGUAUCUACCUCUGCCAGAUGAAGGACGGAGGGAGGAGCAUCGCUGAGGUGGCGGUGAAAGGUAAGAUCGUGAAGCGGUUGCCACGGAAACUGGACGUGGUGGAGGGGGAGAACGCAGCGUUCUGCGUGGACUUGGACGAGGACAACGUGGACGUUCGCUGGUACAAGGACGGGGAGCUGCUCAGUGAGUCUCACAAGACCAUCAUCAAAUCGUUCGGGAAGACGCACAUCCUGGUUUUCGUCAAUGCCACCCUGGAGGACGCCGGCGUUAUCACCUUUGUGAUCAGUGAAUCUAAGUCGUCCUCCCAGCUCCGUGUGAAACCCAAGAGGCAGACAGUCCCCGGAGCGCCGGAGAACGCCCGGAUGAGCUGCGAGCGGUCCAACACUGCCUCACUGGUGUGGUCCCCGCCGGCCGAACGCGGUGGCACUGGGGCCACCGGCUUCGUGGUGGAGCGGCAGGAGUUGGGCUCCGAGGAAUGGGUGCGCUGUCUGACCACUGAGGAGAGCACAGCCGUGGAGAUCCUGGGGGAGAGCGUCCCCGCCGAGGCCCGCUACCGGUUCCGUGUCUGCGCCGUCAACAAGCACGGGCGGGGAGGGGUGACUGAGUUCCCCGGAGCCGUGCACUUGGUGCCCGUGGCCAGGAUCCGCACUCACCUCAAUGACGCAACGGUUUGUCAGGAGGAAGACACAGAGUUUGCCAUCGAGCUGACCGCCCCGGUCAUUGGGACCUGGCACAUGAGAGGCAGACAGCUACAGGAGGGUGAGCGCAUCAGCAUCCAGCAGUCGAGGUCGCAGCAUUCCCUCCUCAUCCGGCAAGCCAAGCUGGAGGAGAACGAAGUGGAGAUAACCUUCGUUGCGCAUGGCGUGAGGGACUCUGCCAUUCUGUUUGUUAAAGCUGUCCCACUGAAAGUCUCACUGAGCCCGGGCAUGGAGAAAGAGCAGCGGGUCACAGCCCUUGAGCCAAUCAUACUGAGCUGUGAACUGUCCAGGCCCAGCGGCCAGGUCCGCUGGGUCAAAGAUGGCCAAGACCUCGAGGCCAGUGACCGGAUAUCACUUGAAUCCUGUGGCCAGACAAGGAGGCUCGUUGUCCAGUCCAGCCAGCUCUCAGAUUCCGGGCAGUACACCUGCGAUGCGACAGAUGACUCCAUCACUUUCUGCGUUACUGUAUCAGAGCCGCCAGUGAGAAUCGUGAACACGGCCGAUGACACCAAGGCAGAAUACCUCAAGUCCGACCGAAUCGUCCUGAACUGUGAGGUGUCCCGCCCAAGCGCUGGGGUGAGGUGGUACAAAAAUGGGCUGGAGGUGGAGGGGGACACAAACAUCACAAUGAUGUCACACGGAGUCCACAGGAGUCUGAUCAUCCAGAGCGCCAGAAUAGAAGAUUCCGGAGAAUAUGUCUGCGACGCUGGAGAUGACUCCAUCUUCUUCAAUAUUACUGUGAGAGAACCACGUGCAACACUCAGAGUUGCAGAGGAUGGGCAUCAGACACGGUACCUGUGUGGCGAGACCGUUGUGUUAAACUGUGAGGCAUCCCACACCGACGCUGAGGUCAAGUGGUACAAGGACAGCGGCGGACUGGAGGAGAGGCCGGGUGUUAAGAUGGAGUCCGAGGGGGUUCAGAGGAGGCUGGUCAUUCCCCACUGCUCCAAGAAUGAUAGCGGAGUCUACGUCUGCGAGGCCACAGGAGAUUCACUGUCCUUCACGGUCACCGUGACAGAUCACCCGGUGACCAUCGUCAGCAGCUCUCCCUCGGAGGUGAUGGUGCCAGUCGGUGCCGAGGUGAUCCUGUGGUGCCAGCUGUCCUGGCCGCAAGGGCUGGUGAGAUGGUCCAGGGACGGGGCCGAGCUGGAGCCCAGUGAGAGGUGCAGGAUAGAGGUGGAGGAGGCGAGGAGGAGGCUGACCAUUCACCCGGCCAUGGUGGAGGACGAGGGCACCUAUGUGUGCCGCUCAGCCGAUGCCGUGGCCGUAUUUAAGGUCAUGGUCUCUGAACCGCGCGUGACACUCAGAGCUGCAGAGGACGGGCAUCAGACACGGUACCUGUGUGGCGAGACCGUUGUGUUAAACUGCGAGGCAUCCCACUCCGACGCUGAGGUCAAGUGGUACAAGGACAGCGGCGGACUGGAGGAGAGGCCGGGUGUUAGGAUGGAGUCCGAGGGGGUUCAGAGGAGGCUGGUCAUUCCCCACUGCUCCAAGAAUGAUAGCGGAGUCUAUGUCUGCGAGGCCACAGGAGAUUCACUGUCCUUCACGGUCACCGUGACAGAACCCUCGGUCUGUAUAAUCCGAUCAACGGAUCAGCUGCUGGACCACAAGUUCCUGGUGUCCGAGGAGAUUCAUCUGGAGUGUGAGGUGUCCCGGGCGGACGCAUUUGCCUAUUGGUACAAGGACGGGGAGAAGAUAGCUGAGGACAAGCGGAUAUCCACCAGGAGCGAGGGGACUGUCCGGUCACUGCAGGUCCAGGACGCACGGCUGACGGACUCGGGAGAGUACCUGUGUGAUGUCCAGGAUGACAGCAUUGUGUUCCGGGUCCUUGUGGAAGAACCUCCGGUCCGUAUAACCCGACCAACAGACCGGCUUCUGGUCCACAAGUUCCUGGUGUCCGAGAAGAUUCGUUUGGAGUGUGAGGCGUCACGGGCGAACGCACUUGCCCGAUGGUUCAAGAAUGGGGAGAAGGUGGCUGAGGACAGGCGGACAUCCACCAGGAGCGAGGGGACUGUCCGAUCACUGCAGGUCCUGGAUGCACAGCUGACGGACUCGGGAGAGUACCUGUGUGAUGUCCAGGAUGACAGCAUUGUCUUCCGAGUCCUCGUGGAAGAACCUCCGGUCCGUAUAACCCGACCAACAGACCAGCUUCUGGUCCACAAGUGCAUGGUGUCCGACAAAAUUCAUUUGGAGUGUGAGGCGUCACGGGCAAACGCACUUGCCCGUUGGUUCAAGAACGGGAAGAAGGUGGCUGAGGACAGGCGGAUAUCCACCAGGAGCGAGGGGACUGUCCGCUCACUGCAGGUCCUGGGUGCACAGCUGACGGACUCGGGAGAGUACCUGUGUGAUGUCCAGGAUGACAGCAUUGUCUUCCGAGUCCUCGUGGAAGAACCUCCAGUCCGUAUAACCCGACCAACAGACCGGCUUCUGGUCCACAAGUUCCUGGUGUCCGAGAAGAUUUGUUUGGAGUGUGAAGCGUCACGGGCGAACGCACUUGCCCAAUGGUUCAAGAACGGGGAGAAGGUGGCUGAGGACAGGCGGACAUCCACCAGGAGCGAGGGGACUGUCCGCUCACUGCAGGUCCUGGAUGCACAGCUGACAGACUCGGGAGAGUACCUGUGUGAUGUCCAGGAUGACAGCAUUGUCUUCCGAGUCCUCGUGGAAGAACCUCCGGUCCGUAUAACCCGACCAACAGACCGGCUUCUGGUCCACAAGUUCCUGGUGUCUGAGAAAAUUUGUUUGGAGUGUGAGGCGUCACGGGCGAACGCAAUUGCCCGAUGGUUCAAGAACGGGAAGAAGGUGGCUGAGGACAGGCGGACGUCCACCAGGAGCGAGGGGACUGUCCGGUCACUGCAGGUCCUGGAUGCACAGCUGACGGACUCGGGAGAGUACCUAUGUGAUGUCCAGGAUGACAGCAUUGUCUUCCGAGUCCUCGUGGAAGAACCUCCGGUCCGUAUAACCCGACCAACAGACCGGCUUCUGGUCCACAAAUUCCUGGUGUCCGAGAAAAUUCGUUUGGAGUGUGAGGCGUCACGGGCGAACGCACUUGCCCGUUGGUUCAAGAAUGGGGAGAAGGUGGCUGAGGACAGGCGGACAUCCACCAGGAGCGAGGGGAUUGUCCGGUCACUGCAGGUCCUGGAUGCACAGCUGACGGACUCGGGAGAGUACCUGUGUGAUGUCCAGGAUGACAGCAUUGUCUUCCGAGUCCUCGUGGAAGAACCUCCGGUCCGUAUAAUCUGUCCGACAGACCGGCUGCUGGACCACAAGAUCCUGGUGUCCCAGGAGAUUCAUCUGGAGUGUGAGGUGUCCCGGGCGAACGCACUCGCCCGCUGGUACAAAGACAGGGAGAAGGUAGCUGAGGACGGGCGGACAUUCACCAGGAGCGAGGGGGCUGUCCGGUCACUGCGGAUCCAGGGCGCGCGGCUGACGGACUCGGGAAAGUACCUGUGCGACGUCCAGGAUGACAGCAUUGUGUUCCGAGUCCACGUGGAAGAACCCCCGGUCCGUAUAACCCGACCAACAAGCCGGUUGCUAGACUGCAGGUUCCUGGUGUCUGAGGAGAUUCGUCUGGAGUGUGAGGUGUCCCGGGCGGACGCCCUCGCCCGCUGGUACAAGGAUGGGGAGAGGUUGGCUGAGGACAGGCAGACGUCCACCAGGAGCGAGGGUGUAGUGCGGUCACUGAGGGUCCAGGGCGCACGGCUGACGGACUCGGGAGAGUACCUGUGCGACGUCCGGGGUGACAGCAUUGUGUUCCAAGUCCUCGUGGAAGAACCUCCAGUCCGUAUAACCCGACCAACAGCCCGGCUGCAAGACCACAAGUUCUUGGUGUCCCAGGAGAUUCGUCUGGAGUGUGAGGUAUCCAGGGCGGACGCACUUGCCCAAUGGUACAAAGGUGGGGAGAAGGUGGCUGAAGAUCGGCGGACAUUCACCAGGAGCAAGGGGACUGUCCGGUCACUGCAGGUCCUGGGUGCACAGCUGACGGACUCGGGAGAGUACCUGUGUGAUGUCCGGGAUGACGGCAUUGUGUUCCGGGUCCUCGUGGAAGAACCCCCGGUCCGCAUAACCCGGCCAACAGAACGGCUGAUGGACCACAAGUUCUUGGUGUCCGAGGAGAUUCGGCUGGAGUGUGAGUUGUCCCGGGCAGAUGCACUCUCCCGGUGGUACAAGGACGGGGAGAAGGUGGCUGAGGACGGGCGAACAUCCACCGGGAGCGAGGGGACUGUCCGGUCACUGCAGGUCCUGGAUGCACAGCUGACGGACUCGGGAGAGUACCUGUGUGAUGUCCAGGAUGACAGCAUUGUCUUCCGAGUCCUUGUGGAAGAUCCACUGGUGACCAUCUUAGGAAGCAACAAGGUAUCCGAGGACCGGACUUUCACAGAAUCAGAGGUCAUCUCCAUGAUGUGUGAACUGUCUCGGUCAGACGUGAAGGUCCGCUGGUACCGGGACGGUGUCGAACUACUGAACAGUGACAAGGUCAAGAUCGAGUCACGGGGUCUGACGCGGGAGCUGAUGAUCUUCGACUCGGAGCCCCGUGACUCCGGACAAUACGUCUGUGAUGCUGGGACUGACAAGCUGACCUUCAAAGUAACAGUUGCAGAGGCCCCAGUGCUCUUCACGAACAAAGGGAAGCUUCCGGAAGAAGUCACGGUCAACGAGAAUGGGAAGGCUGUGCUUGCUGCCAUUGUCUCCAAGGAGAAGGGCAGCGUCACCUGGUACAGGCACAAGGAACCGGUGUCCGCAGGGGAGAAGAACGAGAUGAGUUGUGAGUCGCGGGUCCAUAGUCUGAUCCUCAAGAACGUGCAGAAGGAGGAUUCCGGAUUCUACGUCUGCCGAUCCGCUGAUGACAAAAUGACUUUCAACGUCAACGUGAUAGAGCUCCCGCUGGUGUUCGUGAGGAGGCUGGAGAACACGGGUGUGCAGAGGGGCAGCUCGGUCACCCUGUGGUGUGAGCUGAGCAAGGCCAGGGGGGACGUGGCGUGGCUGAAGGAUGGGGCUGAGGUGGAGCCCAGCCGAAGGCGCGUCAUCCGGGCCGAGGGGCGGCUGCGCUCCCUCACCCUGAACAAGGCCGCCCCCGAGGACGAGGGGGAGUACGCCUGCGAGAGCAAGGAUGACAGGACGGCGGCGCGGGUGUCCGUCACUGUUCCACGGGUGGUCGAGUUCAUCUCCGACCUCCACAACCUCACCGUGCUGGAGGGGGAGGCGGCCAAAUUCAAGUGCAUGGUGUCACCCGAGGACGUGCGGCUGGUGUGGAGGGUGAAUGGCGCCGAUGUCCCACCAGGCAGCGGCAAGUACCUGGUCUCUCAGAACGGCCUGUGCCACACCCUGCUAAUACGGGAUUGUCGGGCAGGUGAGGUGACCAGAGUCACAGCGGAGGCCGAAGGCAUCUUCUCCAAGGCCAACCUUCAAGUGCAAGAGGCCCAGAUCAUGUUCACCAAGAAGAUGGUGAGCGUGGCUGUGGAGGAGCUACAGGACGCCACGUUCGAGGUGGAGGUGAGCUGUGAGGCAGCCGAGGUCCAGUGGAUGAAGCAGGGGCUGCUGCUCCAGGCUGGACCCCGGUUCCUGCUCCAGAGCGAAGGCAGGCUCAGGAGGCUGACCGUGCUUGGGGCCACCGUCAGGGACCGGGGGACCUACCGCUGUGAGACGCUGCAUGACAGGACACUGGGCAAACUCAGCGUGGAGCCUCGGAGAAUUAGCCUGAGGAAGUCCCUAGUGGACCUGGACACCUUCGAGAAGGAGGCUGCCACAUUCCAUGUGGAAUUGUCCCACCCGGAUGUUGAGGGGGUGUGGAUCAAGGAUGGAAUCCGUGUGAAGCCGUGCUCCAAGCGACGGGUCAGUGUGGAGGGGACGCAGCACAGCCUCUCGCUGUCUGACCUCACGUUAGAGGACACAGGAACCAUCGCGUUCCAGAGCAAUAAUAUCCGCUGCUCGGCACGGCUCACAGUUCGAGAGCCCCCUGUGACCUUCACGAGACAACUGAAGGAUCUGCAAGUCCCCGAAACCACCGCAGUCACCUUGGAGUGUGAGCUGUCCCGUCCCAACAUGGAGGUCAGAUGGUAUAAGGAUGAUGUGGAGAUCAAACCCAGCAAAAGCAUCCGGAUUUAUUCCAUGGGCCGGAAGCGAGUUAUGCAGCUCGGGAGGUGCGGGGUGGAAGAUUCUGGAAUUUAUAGCUGUGAUGCCGGAGAUAAUAAAACCACUGCCAAGCUGGAGGUUUAUGAACGGGAAGUCCGCAUUGUGAAGCACCUGGAGGACCUGGAGGUACGGGAGAAUGACAACGCAGUGUUUGUCUGUGAAGUUUCCCACGAGGGAGUGAAGGGCGAGUGGUUGAAAGAUGGAGAGAGAAUCAAGUCCAACAACACCGUCAAAAUAAGACAAGAGGGGACCAAACAUUUCUUGCUGAUCUGCAAAGUGAAGGCUGAGGAUGCAGGAGAGAUCCGAUUCACGGCUAAGAACGUUGAGUCCACAGCUCACCUGGACAUUAAUGAGCUGCCGAUUAAGAUUGUGAAACCGCUGCGGGACAAGACUGCGCUGGAGAAGCACAAGGUCAUUCUGGAGUGCAAAGUGUCCAAGCCCCGGGCCAGAGUGCGCUGGUACCGUGGUGAUGAGGAACUCCAGCCGACAGACAAGUACGAGAUCUGCAGUGAGGACUGCUACCGUAAGCUGGUCAUCCACAAUGUCAGCUUUGAGGAUGAGGAUACCUACACCUGUGACGCCUUCGAUGACAUCUCGUCUGCCAAGGUCCUGGUGGAAGAACAAGCCAUCUUGAUGGUGAAGGACCUGGAGGAUGUGGAGGUGAGGGCUCCGGGGAGAGCGGAGAUGGAGUGCGAGGUGUCGGUGCCUGUGAUCAGACCACCGCAGUGGACCCUCAACGGCCAGCUCCUUCAGAAUGGGAAGGAGGUGCGGCUGGAGAACCGUGGCACCGUCCAGAGGCUCGUCCUCAGCCAGACCUCCCCCGAGAUGAGCGGGCUGGUCAAGUUCACCGCGGGAAAGGCGCGGUCCAGUGCCCGGCUCACCGUCAAAGCCGAAUAGAGGGUGUUGUUGGCCACCUGGGGAACCCCCACACAUGCACUGGCUGCAGCUCAUCAUUGGACCUUGUGGAUGGACUCCUCUCCCUCUGUCAUGCCAGGUUAGGCUUUGCUGUUGACUUGACAUCUGGAUGACAUCUUGGGUCACCUGUUUCCACAGAAUAGCCAUGGCCUGCUGGAUAAAGGGCCUGGCGACCCUCCAGCAUGGAAUCUCUGGGAAUUCACCUCUGAGGAUACUGUGAUGAAUUCAACGCAGGAAGAAGAUUAAGAGAACUGGAAAGCAUUGAGUGUUGUUUUCAUUUCCUUUGAAGGUGUUUAUUAAAUUGCAAAGUACUGAAAGUGAGGAGGUAAACAUUCUUUGAUUGGAUGUGAAGAGUUGGUUUGCUUUCUGAUUGGCCAGAGUGGCAAGGAUUGGCAUGUCCAGGGAUCAGUGGCAGGGGUGUUGGAAAGUUGGGUACCUGGGUGAUGAAACUUCCAAGAAACUAUUCAAAAGUGUUGGUACUUGGUGCCACAGUGUUCAAAUGAGGGUACUGUGCUCCCAGUGCAGCCUUGUCUACUUUGCUGAGACCCAAUGGAGAUUGGGGGGACUGCUUCAUUGAGCACCUUUGCUCCAUCUGCCACAAUAAGCAGUUUCCCAUUGGCCACCCAUUUCAAUUCUACACCCCUCUCUCAUUCCAUCAUAUUGGUCCAUGCCUCCUCUACUACCAUGCCAAACUUGGGUUAGAGGAGCAACACCUCAUAUUCUGUCUGAGUAGCCGCCAACCUGACAGCAUAAAUAUGGUUCUUUUCUAACUUCCAGUAAUUUCUCCUGCCUCCCCUUCUCUCGUUUUCCAUUCCCCAUUCUGGUUCCCCUCUGAUUUCUCUUCUUUUCACCUGUUCAUCACCUCUCUGAUGCCCAUCCUCAUUCUCUUUUUCCCAUGGCAACUGUCCUCUCCUAUCAGAUCCCCCCUUCUUCAGUCUUUUAUGUUUUCCACCAAUCACACUCCAGAUUCUCACUUCAUUUUUUAUUAUCCCUCUCAACGCCAUUCUCCUAUCUUCUCCCCGUACCCUUAUGAGUCAAGUGUCUAUCAAUCUCCGCUUUAAAUAUAUCCAAUGACUUGGCCUCGACAGCCAUCUAUGGCAAUGAAUUCCACAGAUUCACUACCUCUGGCUAAAGAAAUUCCUUCUAAUCGCUGUUCUGAAGAGAAACCCUUUUACAAGG